UAUAGCUUCGCUAAGCAAUCGUUCCCAAUUAGAAUCCAGCUAACUGAAGAAUCAGUAAAUAAUGGAUAUAACCGCACCGCCUCCUACUAAACGUGCUCGAACAUCGUCCCCCAUGGACGAAGACAUCACUGGGAUCCGGGCCAUCCUGUCCGAUGAGUUUGACGAGGACAUAGCGCUCAUCAAGGCGCACAGUUGCCAGUUGGAGACGAAACAACAGCUCCAGGCGGUCAUCCAGGAGCUCUCCCAAAAACUACCGCACUUCCAGCACCUUAAGCGCGUUCAGGAUCGCAGCGUGCUCAUCUGUCCCAGUUCUGAGAUCGGAAUAUCCAAAACGCUGGAGCAGCAUCUCGAACAGUUUGCCUUCUCGGAGCACGUGCUACGCUCCUUGUGCCAGGGAGUCCGGGUGGUAGAAGUGCCUGAACGAAUGCCCCGUCUACGAGUGCAGUACGAAAAAACCAUCAAGCACUGGCCCUGCAAGUUUCAUCCCAAUCACUACUCGGAAUCCCUUCGGAAUGGCAGUAACUUUACUUCCGCACAACGGAUCUUCCACAAGAGGAUAGCCCAACUGCUGGUGAGGCUCUCAAGGGAUGUUAAUGCCAACCGACCCGUGGGCAUCUGUGUGGAUCCACGGCAGCCAAGCAUAGUAUCCAUCGCCGGAGUCGGUGAAAACUCUAGCUCACACGAACAUUGCUGCAUGCUCCUGGUGGAUUAUGUAGCCAGAAGUCAAGAGGGCGGAGCCACAAAGACGGAGCUCGCAUUCACCGAGGACACCGAAUAUGCCAACAAGGAGGGUGCCACCCUGCGGGGCAUUCCCAAAAGCUACUAUAAUUACCUGAGAAAUCACGAAGACUACAAAGACCUGACCUUCGGAGCAGAAAAAUCGAGGGAAUGUAACGAAGUGAACGCCGUUCAAGGAGCAGAUAACUUGGCCAAAUUCGGACCCUAUCUGUGUACCGGCUACGAUAUCUAUCUGCUGCAGGAACCCUGCCUCAUGUGCUCCAUGGCCCUGGUGCACAGCAGAGCAAAAAGAGUUUUCUUCGUUAGAAACUCCGAGAACGGAGCUCUGGCCACGAGAUUUCAGUUGCAUUCGGUGCGGGAGCUCAACCAUCACUACGAAGUGUUCCAAUUCACCACCAAGGAGGACGAGGAUUUGACGUAACAUUUAACAAAACUUGUUUUAAUAAAGGUUUUAUAAGAUA